AUGGCGACCGUGGAGCAGUACCUCUCCGUCCUCGCGGGCGCGCAGUCCGCGACGAACGCGGACGCGCAGCGCGCGGCGGCGCAGAUGCAGAUCGAGCUGAAGCAAGGCGACCCGCGGCGCGCGAUCGCGGUGUGCAUGACGCUCAUAACCCCCGGUCAGCCGAUCGAGGCGAGGCACUUCGGCUACGGCGUCCUGCAACACGUCGUCGCGAAGCGCAUGGACGAGUUCACGCCCGACGAACGCAAUCAGCUCGCGAAGGUGACGUUCGAUAACCUCGCGGCGUGCGGCAACGCGCCCGCGAACGCCCCGGAGCCGUUCAUGAUCAAGUCCAAGGUGGCGACGCUCAUGGCGGAGAUCGUGCGGAGGCAAGGCGCGUCGCUGUGGACGUCGCUGAUGCCGGAUCUCGCCGCGGGGGCGAACAGCGAAAGCGCGCACCUCACCGAGCUCUGCGCGCUCGUGAUGCGGUACGUCGCGGAGGACGUCGCGGUGUACAACGACGAUCUCAUCGGGGGGAGGAUGAAAGAGCUGCUAUUCGGGCUCACGUCGACGCUGCCGCAGGUGCUGCCGGCGCUGUAUCGCGUGUUAGAGACGCACUACGCGCGCGCGGUGAACGCGGUCGCCGCUGGGGACACCCAAGGCGCGAAGUCGCACGCGGCCGCGGUGAGCGCGGCGCUCAGCGCUUCCGCGGUGUACACCGAGUGGGCGCCGCUCGCGCCGCUCUUUCGCAGCGGCCUCGUCGACGCGUGCGGGCACUUCCUCGCGUCGUCGGAGUUUCGCGCGAGCGCGUGCGAGGUUUUGCGGCACCUCACGCAUCGGCGCAGAGGCGACACGGUGAACGGCGCGAUCAAGGACGCGGCGAACGCGAACGCGAACGCGAACGCGUCGGGCGGCGGCUCGGGCCCGGAGGCGGACGCCGCCGCGGACGCCGCCGCCGUCGUCGCCGGCCUCGUCGGGAUGUGCCGGUCGCUGGGCGUCGCCGCGCAGCACGUUCUUCAGGCGCCGCCCGCGGAGGGCGGCAGCGAGGAGCUCGAGUACGCGCGACGGUUGACGGAGUGCAUGGCGUCGCUGGCGACGAACCACCUCGCGGUCGUGCCGGAUCCCGCGUUGCGAGCGGCGUUUCUGGAGGCGCUGUUGGGACUGACGAAGUAUCCGAGCCUGGCCGUGCUCGGCGCGGCGAUUCCCGCGUGGCCGGGUUUGCUGCGAGGGAUGGGCGCGGAGCUCCCCGGGGCGUUUCAGCGACCGGACGGGAAAGGGCCGGGGUCGGGGGUGUACGGCGCGCAGCAAGCCCAAACCCAAGCCUCCGCGGCGGCGGCGGACGUCUCGUCGUCCUCCUCCGCCGCCGCCGGCGCCGCGAAGCUUCCCGACGGCGCCGUCGUCGCGCUCCUCGAGACGACGCGCACGUGGCUGGAACAGGGCGCGGGCGUCGCGCAGGGCCUGUCCAGCGCGGGCGUCCCCACCGCGAUGGGCGACCAGUGGGAACAAGAGUACGAGUCCAGGGACGAGCUGCGAGAGGCGUGGGUCACUCUCCGCGCGCGUCUCAUGGAGGUGACCAAGCUGUGCACGGCGCUCGAACCGAACGCCGCGGCGUCUUCCGCGGCGUCGCGCGUCUCGACGACGCUCGCGUGGCUCGCCCCCGGGGCGCCGCUGGACGCGAACGCCGCGAGCGCGGAGGGCCGAUCCGCGAUCGACGACGCGAUCGGCGCGUCGUUGGAGGGGGUGGUGUCGUUCAUCGAGCCCGUCGUGCAGGCGUUGCCGUUGACGGGCGCGGCGGCGGCGUCGACGACGCCCGCGCUCGAGAGCAUGCUCACGUCGCUCCUCGCGAUCGACCUGAAGUCGCCCGUCGCGGUGUCGCAGCUCGCGCGGCUGCUGGAAGCGCUGGGGCGCGCCGCGCUCGUGCGCUCCGAGGCGGCGUCGGCGCUGCUCAACCGACUCUUCGCGCUUCUCGGGAGCCUUCCGGUGGAGGACGCGGGGGCGCCGCCGGUGCGCGCGAAAGCGGCGAUGCUCGCGGGGAGGACGGUGCAAGCGGCGCGGCAGAGGGUGUGCGCGGCGGUGCUGGGGGUGUGCGCGGCCGCGCCGAACGUGUUCAACGCGCACUUGGAAGCGUUCGCGAACCAGGUCGAGGGCCUGCGCGCGAACGGCCAGCUCAGCGGCGUGGAGAGAGGCUCCCUCGCGGAGGCUCUGCUCGCGGUCGCGGGCCCGUCCGGCCCCGCGCGAGUGCGAGACGUCCUGAGGUGGCUCCUCGAGCCGGUGCGCGCGAGGUGGGUCCCCGCGCCCGGCGCCGCGUCCGGGGACAUCGCCGCGCUCGCGUCUCUCGCGGAGCUCGCGAAGGGCGAGACCGGUGGUUCGAACGGCGGGUCUCAAGGCCUCUCCGCCGCGCACUGGGAGCUGUUCCACGACGUCCAGCUCGCGGAGCGGUGUCUGCGACGCAGCGGCGGCGACCACGAGCCGAGCGCGAGCGCGGAGAAAAAGUCGACGACGGCGGCGGCGAACAUCCCCGCCGGUCUCGUGCAGCCCGUGGACCCGCCGCCGCCCGUGGAGGAGUGUCCGGCCGCGGACCACCUCGAGUGGGUGCUGACGAUGUGUAACGCUCUGUGCGCGAGCGUUCACAGGGUAUGGACGCCGCGAGGUCACGAGGAAGCGCGCGCCGUCGGCUUGGACCGAGCGCUCGCGAUGUCCCCCGAGGAACAAGCCGCGCACCUCGUGCACGGCCCCGCGCGGACGUUCGCGCUGAGCGGCGGCGGGUCGCCGCCGCCGAGCGCGACGGUCACCGCGACGCGCGACUGGCUCAGAGGGCUGCGAGACGCCGCCUACGCGAUGAUGACGUUGUUGUCGACGCACGCGCCCGGGGCGUUUUACCCGAGCGAAUCCGUCGCGCGCGCGGUGUCCGACGCGGCGUAUCGCGACCUGCAGCACAUGCACGACCGACACGCGCGCUUCUUGCUUCACGCGCUCGCGCGACCGGUGCUGGGGCGGUGUCCCGCCGCGCACCGGCCGCUGUGGCACGCGGCGCUGACGUCGACGCUUUCGCCGAUGAUGACGGAACGUCUCGCGCGCGCGUGGGCCAAGGUGAAGGCGGCGACGGAGCUGAGCAAAGAAGAGCGCGAGCGCGAUCUGACGCACGCGGCGGGCGCGGGCGGCAUAUCCGGCGGCGGUUCAGGCGGCGGCGAGAACACCGGCGGCGGGUCGAUCGUCCUCGAGGACCUCAUCCACGAGCGGGUCACGCGGGAUCUCUCCCGGGAUUACUGCGCGUUGCUCGAGCUCAUCGCGAUCCCGGAGGGAACGUUCGGGAGGAAGACGAAGGGCAGCGGCCUCACCGGGCAUCUCGCGGGCGUCGUCGGCGGCGGAAACGACAGCCCGAAAGGCGGCGGCGCCAAAGGCAGCGCGAUGGACGCGUCCACCGCGCACGGCGGAGGAAAACACGUCCGGGACUGGAUGCGCGCGGUGGCCGCCGUCGACGCCAGCGGCGCGCCCGCGCGCGGCGCCAUCUCGACGGCGACCGCGGCGCUGUCCUGGGGCGACUCGGAGGCGGUCGGUCGCGCGCUGCACUUCUUGCGCGGCGUCACCGCGUGCGCGGCGGCGCCGGACGGCGACCAGUCCCUGCGCGAGACGGCGGGCGCGGAGAUUUUGCCCGCGUGCAUCGGCGGGUUGUCGGUGCCCUCCAACAGCUCGCAUCAGGCGCGUUCUGUCAUGUUUGUUCACUGGUCCCCAUACGACCGCGUUCGCGUGGUGAACGCCGCGGAGCUGCUCGGGUUGAUUCGCGACGCCGUCGUGCACUUGCUCCCAAUCACGCACUCCGUGAGCGCGGUGCUUCUUGGGCUUCCCGGGAUGACGAGCGAGGGGCUGAGCGGGGUGUUGACCGACCUCGCGAGCAUUCGAAGCGAGAAGAAGGCUGCGAACAGGGUCAAGGAGAUGUUGCUUCAAGCCGCGGGCGGGCCGGACGCGUUGCGCGCGUUCGCCGAGGCGAAAGCCGCGGCGACGAGCGUGGGCGCGAUUCAGGUCCCGGUCGUACAGGCGCCGCGCGCGGCGGCGGCGGCGGCGGCGGCGGCGGCGGGCGUCGCGAGUCAGACGUGGAGCGAAGAGGACGUGAACGCGAUCGGGCUGAACCCGCUCACGGCGAACGUCCGCGCGACGCAGUGACGACGGGACGGAUGAACGCCCUUAAGUGAAUAGCGGUCUCUUCUCUUCAACGCGGCGCCUACUACGUU